UGACCUGGCCGCUCCAUUCGCAGCACACCUCCCCAAUCCCGAUAGCAAAACAUUGCUGCAUCAUCAAUCUCCACAGUCAACCACGCCUCCCCGCCUUCCUCUUCCCCAAUCCUAGCUCCCCGUAGCACAAGAGCUCCUUCGAGAGGUCCCGAAUCGAAUCCCCAACGCUUCGAUGGCAGGCAUCGCUGAGAUCUACUACCUCCCUGAGAGUCAGACUCGAGACCUUCCCAGAUGUAGCGACCAGCAGCUGAUAUCUGUUCUCAGAAGCAGCUACCUUCCCCGACGGCCUCGAGCUCAGACUAAUGAUCGAGCGACUGGAGCUCUGGUGCUUAAUCAAGCACAUGGAAGGCUGGAAGACGGAUCAGGGGACUUGGUCGCCUACAAAAUUGGUCUCCAUCCCUAACACCUCCCAAGGUAAUUCCAGCAACUCCCCUAAAUUCGUGGGGACCAAGAUGACGAUGGAGUUGAAACCCACGGAUGGCACCAAGCCGGUUGUUGGCAUGACGCGGUACAACCUUCUUAUGACUAUGAAAGAUCGCCGUGGAUUGUAUCUGGAUGAAGAACUGUCUUUAUGCCACACCUACCCGCUGGAAAUCAAACCCAAGGGAAAAAGAGCACGUGCAGCUGACCCUUUCAUUCUCCCGUGGGACGAACAGGACCAAGUGGCUUCCAGAGAUGAUGCGACAGAGCGUUCACCUAUGGACGUGGAUGAGUACGGCGUGGAUGUUCCGGAUCUGCCCUCCACUGAUUCCUCAAAGCGACCGAGACCAGAAUCAAAACAUUGGCACAACUUCACCAAGAUAUACACCAAAAACCCUUACGUUAUGUACGGAGCGUGCAACCACUGCAACACGAUGUUGAAGUUAAAAGAUCAAUCCACCAGCUCCCUCAACAAUCAUUACCCUAAGCACUGCCCAUGCAAACCCAAGCAGCAGCAGCAGCUGCCCGGCAACUCUUCAUCGAUGCCUAUUCCGCCGAUUGCAUCACGGAAUAAUUAGAGCUGGUGUAGUUCAGAUGAGAGGUAGUUUAGCUGAGGUUAGAUGUAGUGUGGUUGAGACUGAGCUGCCUCAAAGAGGAUUGAUUGCUCGUCUCGCCUUGUAAAUCCUGCUAUUCUUUUGUGUUUCAGUGAGGACAGUGAAUACAGAGCGGGUGUGUCGCCGUAUCGCUUUACUCGUUGUUCCCCUUGUUCAAACUUCUGAAAACACAACGGACCCGCUUUAUGCAUUUCUGAAACAAAA